AGUCGUAUAUUGUGGUGCAAUUGGGAGUGUUUCGGGAUGGAAAAAGUUGGAACUUGGUGAAAAGUAUUUAAUUUUCCGAAGGGCCGGCAUCGAAAUUAAUGCUGGAAAAACAUAUAAAAGCCAAGGUUCCAUUUCCGGCCGAUAGCAGUUGAUUGGCGAGAACAUUCCAGUGACGACCUGCCGACGUGGACUCACUCAGAAAAUUUUCUUCUUUCUCUUCUUCCGGUACUUCCUACACAUUCGCGGAACGGUCAAACAGAAUCUUGGAUAGGCAGACAAAGCCACGGAUAGGCUAAGGAAUAAUUUACAGGAACAAUAUGCGAGUACUAAAGUCGUUGAGUUUGGUGCUGUUAGUCGCCGGGCUGGCCCUGGUGGCCUCCGAUGCCGAAGUGAAAGAGGAGGACGGAGUGCUGGUGCUGACCAAGGAUAACUUCCAGUCAGUGGUCGAGGGAAACGAUUUCGUACUGGUGGAGUUCUAUGCUCCGUGGUGUGGACACUGCAAGGCACUCGCUCCCGAAUACGCUAAGGCGGCCAAGGCUCUGGCUGAGAAAAACUCCAACAUCAAGCUCGGCAAGGUCGAUGCCACUGAGGAACAGGAACUCGCCGAGAAGCACGGAGUCCGUGGCUAUCCGACGCUCAAAUUCUUCCGCAGCGGAACUCCAAUCGAGUACACUGGAGGACGCGAAAAGGACACUAUCGUUUCCUGGCUGGAGAAGAAGACUGGCCCAGCUGCCAAGGAACUGGAAACCGUUGCCGAUGCCGAAGAAUUCCUGAAGGAACACAAUGUUGCCGUUGUCGGUUUCUUCAAGGACCGUGAAUCAGCCGAAGCCAAGGCUUUCCUUGCUACCGCCAACGCCGUCGAUGACUACCCAUUCGCCGUUACUUCCAGCGAUGAUGUGUACACCAAAUACGAGGCCAAGUGCGGAUCUGUUGUCCUAUUCAAGCACUUCGAUGAUGGAAAGGCUGUCUUCGAAGGUGAAUACACCGAAGAAGCUUUGAAGAAAUUCGUCGCCGCACAAGCUCUGCCACUCAUUGUUGACUUCAGCCACGAAACCGCUCAGAAGAUCUUCGGAGGAGAAAUCAAGAACCAUCUGUUGUUCUUCAUCUCCAAGGAAGCUGGACACUUGGAAAAGUACAUCGAAGGUGCCAAGGAAGUCGCCAAGAAGUACCGUGAGAAAAUCCUAUUCGUCACCAUUGAUGCUGACCAAGAAGACCACCAGCGUAUCCUCGAAUUCUUCGGAAUGAAGAAGGAGGAAGUUCCAUCGAUGCGCAUCAUCCACCUGGAAGAAGACAUGGCUAAGUACAAGCCAGAAACCAAUGACCUGGCUGCCGAUAAGGUUGAAGAAUUUGUCUCCAAGUUCUUUGAUGGAAAAAUCAAGCAGCACCUGCUAUCCCAGGAAGUACCGGAAGAUUGGGACAAGAAUCCAGUUAAGGUUUUGGUUGCCGACAAGUUCGAUGAAGUCGCCCUAGAUUCUGCUAAAGAUGUUCUGGUUGAGUUCUAUGCCCCAUGGUGCGGUCAUUGUAAACAGCUGGUUCCAAUCUACGACAAGCUGGGAGAGAAAUAUGCCGACAGCGAGACCGUCGUAAUUGCCAAGAUGGAUGCAACUGCCAACGAGCUGGAGCAUACCAAAAUCAACUCAUUCCCGACGAUCUAUUUGUACCGAAAGGGAGACAACCAAAAGGUUGAAUACCGAGGAGAACGCACUCUGGAGGGUUUCGUCAAUUUCCUGGAAGGAAAGACCGAGGAACCCGAGGUUGAAGAGACCGAAGAAGACCAGAAGCAUGAAAAGGAUGAACUGUAAAUCGCCUGGAGCAUGAGUGUUAAUAAUAGGAGCUGAUAGCCAAACCACAUGUAACAAAACUACCCCAACAUAAUCGGAACUCCAUCGUGUGGUUUGUCGGAAAACAUUAGAGACAUCUACGAGAACAAGUACAUAGACACACAGACACAUACGGUAAAUUGAGCAUUAACUCAGACGAAACAAACAAUAGAGAAGGUAAAAUUCCACCACCCGCAAGGCAUUAUUGACCGACAGUGUUGUAAAAUAGUCGCGUUAGGGUCCCCAUUUCCCGCUCUCCAGAUAGGCGAUAGAAGAAAAGUAGGAUGUUUAUCUUUUCAAGAGACUGUUUUUUUUAUUUAAUAGUUUUUGGGCGCAGUCAGGGAAAACUAAAUUCAUGAGGAGAUAAUAUAUGAUUAUUUGGGAUAGACCAAGAAGCGCAAAUAGAAGAAAGAAUAAAGGAAGUUGAAGGUAACAGAAUGCAUUUUCAAAUGUUAUAUUAACAUUAAACAAAAUAAAAAAUUAUGAGAAAAAACUAAACAAAUGUAGUAUCAAUUAUUUCCGUUGAAUAAUCAAAAUAGGCUUCCAUGUGGUGUGAGAUGUUGUAAGAUGGAAUGUGAUUUGAUAAUCUACUCAUUCGUAAUUUUUAAUUAUUCUCAUAAACAAUUUUAUUGCUUCAAAAAUGUAAAAACAUAAUUAAUUCUGUAUUCAGCAUUCUAAUGUUGAUAAUUCAUAUAUUGGUCCAUGCUUAAAUUAAAUUAAAUCUGAAUUGGGAACUUACUUAAAGAUUCAAUUAGGUAAUAAAGUAAAAUAAAAAUCCAACCUUAA